AGUAUUGCCAAAUGUUGCGAACGAUAUUUCACACUUCCUCGACUUUUAUAAUUAAAGGAAAAUAAAUAAAUCACUUGUAAUUGUCAACGAGACAAUUACGUUUAUAAGAAGUGUUUAUGAACAUUACGAAAGAAGACAUCAAGUGAUAAUCAUUUCAAAUAUAAUUUUGAUACUUUGACUUGGGAACGUUUCUCAUUGUCAACAGGGCCUGUCAUCACCAUUGUGUCACCAUGCACGAAAGUAUAGACGACAUAUGCAAAGCGAUCGAUGAAAAUUUAUUACGUAAUUUGGAGUUAUUGGAAGAGAAAAUAAUCGUGAAUGUACAGAUGGAAAAGAUACUGCGCGACGGUUACAUCGAACUGGCCAAGGCCAAAUAUAUACGAGGCAAAGAGAACAUAAGCGUAUUGCAAAUUCCAGCUGACGAUGAGAAAGUAGUUACGCUAUUUGAAUUAGAGACAAAGUUAACAGAAGAGACUGGGAAGAUUGUCCCAAAUUUUGAUAUAAGUUUAAAGAACAUGGAAGAAUCUGGCAAUGAGAUUCAAGAUCCUAUAAAAUGGUUCGGGGUACUGGUGCCACAGAGCUUGAGAACAGCUCAAAAACGAUUCCAAGAGUCUCUUUACGUCGCUGUCAGAGCAGCAAAUAUACAAGCCGAGAUUACCUCUGUAGUAGACAAAUUACAAUCUUUAUAUUUCCUAAAACAUACUUCUUGUUCGACACGUGUAAAUAAAGAAUGAAUUUAUCUAUUUACGUUGCUGUACAGUAUUAUCAAAUAUAUUUUUUCAAUAGACA